GAAACGGAAACCUACUUCGGGCCGAAUAGAAGCUGUUGAAGCGUGCGGAGGUUGCAGUCGUUUGGUGAGCUGGUGUGGAGGGACCCCGGAAGGGACAGUUCCGGGAUCCCGGCAUCGUGAGUGGUAGGGGCCGGAAGAUUCCGGGCCAGAGAGUGUAGAGGGGUCCAGUGGGCGGGACCUGAGAUUUGAGAGGCCGAAAGGGGCGCGGUUCACGGCGGGCCCUGAAAGGCUGAGGCCGGGAGACCCGGACCCAGGGCGGAGAGAGGAUCCACUGGCCCUGAACCCCAGGUCCCGCAGCCCUUAGGCCUCAUGGCGGUCCGAGCGUCUUUCGAGAAUAACUGUGAGGUCGGGUGCUUUGCCAAACUCACCAACACCUACUGCCUGGUGGCCAUCGGAGGGUCGGAGAACUUCUACAGUGUGUUCGAGGGCGAGCUCGCUGAUACCAUCCCCGUGGUGCACGCGUCCAUCGCUGGCUGCCGCAUCAUCGGGCGCAUGUGUGUGGGGAACAGACAUGGUCUCUUGGUGCCCAACAACACCACCGACCAGGAGCUGCAGCACAUUCGCAACUGCCUCCCAGACUCAGUGCAGAUCCGGCGGGUGGAGGAGCGGCUUUCAGCCCUAGGCAAUGUCACCACGUGCAACGACUACGUGGCCUUGGUCCACCCAGACCUAGACAGGGAAACAGAAGAAAUCCUGGCUGAUGUGCUCAAGGUGGAAGUCUUCAGACAGACAGUGGCUGACCAGGUGCUAGUUGGAAGCUACUGUGUCUUCAGCAAUCAGGGAGGACUGGUACAUCCCAAGACUUCAAUUGAAGACCAAGAUGAGCUGUCUUCUCUUCUUCAGGUCCCUCUUGUGGCGGGCACUGUGAACCGAGGCAGCGAGGUGAUUGCCGCUGGGAUGGUGGUAAACGACUGGUGUGCCUUCUGUGGCCUGGACACAACCAGCACAGAGCUGUCAGUGGUGGAGAGUGUCUUCAAGCUGAAUGAAGCCCAGCCUAGCACCAUUGCAACCAGCAUGCGGGAUUCCCUCAUUGACAGCCUCACCUGAGUCACCUUCCAUGCUAUUCUGCCGGUUCCUGCCUCUGGACUCUGGCUCCCUCUGCCCCACCCAGCUAGGCGGAGGAGUUGGCAGAGAGCUUACUGGGAGUGAGUGGCUGGAUGCCCAGCUCUUCGCCUGUGCCCAUCUCCUGGAUCUACAGUUACUCCAAAAAUCUGCCAUGUUGUGCUGUCAGGCCUUACUGGCUCCUGACUGACCACUCUCUUUCCUGUACCACCCCCAUUAAAGGGCAGGUGUCUCUGGUUA